AUGGAGGUGCCAUCAGAGAAAGUCAACCCAGUUGAGGAGUCAGAAACUCCACAGACAAAAGAUGAAGAGGAAUCAUCCGAUGAUUCAUUCCUAGAACCAGAAGCACUAGUAAAGAUCAUGAAAAACCUAACCCUGAAUCCCAGUGCCAAGCAGUCAGCACAUCAUCGCAGGUUCUGUCACCUGAUUGAGAGCAGACCUAUGGAGAACAGAAGCAAAAGAAUCUUGAGGGAAGGUCAAAGCGCCUUUCCCAAGAGAAGGGUCCGCACAUUGUUGUCAGUGCUGCAAGAUCCUACAGCAAGGAUGAAGAGAUUUGCUCAGAUUGAACAGAGACAAAAAAGGCUUGAAGGCAAGGAAUACAAAGGGAACAGUGAGCCAUUCGGAUGUCUCUGCACUUUCUGCCACUAUCAAGGAUGGGAUCCUUCUGAGAAUGCUAAAAUCGGGAAGAAUUAG